UGAUCAGCCGCCAAGGCGUCAACUUUACAUCUCCAUUUUAAGGACAAACCUUGAAUAUUUCAUUUUGUGACUUAAUAAGAUAGUUAAAUUGAACAUGCGUGAAUGUAUCAGCAUACACAUUGGCCAAGCUGGAGUCCAGAUUGGGAAUGCCUGUUGGGAGCUUUACUGCUUAGAGCACGGAAUCCAGCCUGAUGGUCAAAUGGCUGGCGACUUGGUCCAUGAUGCUUCUGAUGAUUCUUUCAGCACCUUCUUCAGUGAUACUGGUGCCCAACAAUACGUACCUCGGGCUAUUUUUGUUGAUCUGGAACCCACCGUCAUUGAUGAGAUUCGCACAGGCGUCUACAGACAUUUGUUUCACCCAGAACAAAUGAUUACCGGGAAGGAGGAUGCUGCAAAUAAUUAUGCUAGAGGGCAUUAUACUAUAGGAAAAGAAAUAAUUGAUUUAGUGUUGGACCGCACCCGUCUGCUGGCAGAGCGAUGCUCUGGUCUUCAGGGGUUUUUGAUCUUUCACAGCUUUGGCGGAGGUACAGGUUCUGGAUUCACAUCCCUGUUGAUGGAAAGGCUUUCAGUCGAUUACGGGAAGAAGUCCAAGUUGGAAUUUGCGAUAUAUCCGGCACCAAGGGUAUCUACUGCAGUUGUGGAACCAUACAACUCAAUUUUAACAACUCACACCACAUUGGAACAUUCUGAUUGUGCUUUUAUGGUGGAUAAUGAAGCCAUUUUUGACCUCUGUACUCGUAAUCUAGACAUAGAACGUCCCACAUACACAAAUUUAAAUCGUAUGAUUGGCCAAGUGGUUUCUUCUAUCACUGCCUCUCUCCGUUUUGAUGGUGCCCUAAAUGUGGACCUAACAGAAUUCCAGACAAAUCUGGUUCCAUAUCCAAGAAUACAUUUUCCUCUAGUUUCAUAUGCUCCUGUAAUGUCGGCAGAGAAGGCAUAUCAUGAGCAGUUGACUGUUGGUGAAAUCACCAACUGCUGUUUCGAACCGAGCAAUCAGAUGGUCAAAUGUGAUACCAGGCAUGGAAAAUACAUGGCUUGUUGUCUUCUCUAUAGAGGGGAUGUGGUACCGAAGGAUGUGAAUGCUGCGAUUGUGUCCAUCAAAACAAAAAGAUCCAUCCAAUUUGUUGAUUGGUGUCCAACAGGGUUCAAGGUCGGUAUCAACUAUCAGCCUCCUACUGUCGUCCCAGGAGGAGAUCUUGCAAAAGUUCCUCGAGCAGUUUGCAUGCUGUCCAACACUACGGCGAUUGCAGAAGCUUGGUCACGUCUUGAUCACAAGUUUGAUCUUAUGUAUGCAAAGAGAGCUUUUGUCCAUUGGUAUGUAGGAGAAGGCAUGGAGGAAGGAGAAUUUUCUGAAGCUCGGGAAGAUAUGGCAGCACUGGAGAAAGAUUACGAAGAAGUUGGAUUGGACUCGACAGAUAACUACGAGGAUGAGGGGGAAGAAUAUUAACAGCAUAUUUUGUUAGUGGGUUGUUUUCUGAUGCGGGCCAUUCCAUGUCAUGUGGUGCAGAUAAAUUGAUUAAUUUCAUGUUUAACAGAGAACGAUACACAUUCUGAAUAAUGAGUAGGGCUUUUUUUUUUUUGUAAAAUAUUAAUCAUUACAUACCUUAUUUUGUUAGUCAAUGCAUGAUAGUAUCCAAAAUAUAGAUGUUUUAUUCAGUUGUUAUGGUAUACUAGAAUUGAUAAUUUUUAAAAGGCUUGAAAAUUUUACUUUCUGGAUGGUUUAAUACCUUGAAAUAGUUUUGGAAUUGUUUUCCAUGCUACAAAUAGCCACAUAUAUAUUUUUUUUUUUCAUGUUUCCCAUAAACAGCAAAUAAACCAGUGCAUUGAAACCAGACUAGCUCAACCAGGAAAAAAUAUUCCUUUGAUUUAGCAUAAGCAGUGAAGAAUAUUUCUUGCAUACACAUGAUGAGUAGACAUUUUUUGAAGAUAUUUUCUAUGCUAUGUUGCUUUUGUGAAAAGCUGACACUUAAAAUCUUACUAGUUUUUAUCUCAGUCUGAAGGACAAGCUGAAAUUAAUGAACAUGAAAUUAGUUAAUUUUUAUGUUGCACAUUACAUGAAUGCCUAUAUAUUAAAUAACUUUGGCUGUGUUUUUAAAUAACAUUAAACAAAUUAUCUGCUAUAUUAAAAAAAUAUAUCAUGCUGGACAUGUUAAUGCAAAUAAAUAAUCAUUUAGGGUAGUUAUUUCCACAAAAUAAUUGAAGCUAACUUUUUUUAACGAGUUUAGAAACUUUAAUAUUGUUUGCAAGACACUAAGUAUGAAAUCCAUUGGCUAAUUUUUAUAAUGCUGAAAUGUUGAUAAGAUCAUGUUAUGUACAUAUUCUGUUCACAAUGUUAUUUACCAUUGUUUAAUCAUAGUAUAAA